AAAUAAACAAACAACAUAUGGAACAAGAAAACCUGAGCAACCACUGACGACUGCCAUAACUCCAAUCAUGUCCUAAAACAAAUCAGAGAACAGAACGUUGCAUAGAAAAGGAAAAAUCAUCUUUCCACCUUAAGGUAGAAUAGCUCCAGAACAGGGGCCCCAAUUCUCUCUUCCCAUAAAAGCAACCCACUCUUCACCCAUGGCACCACAGCCAAGGAGAAAGGGUGAAUAAUAGAAUUGCUUCUUUCCUUUCUAUCCCUGCUUCUCUCUCUCUCUCUCUCAAUCUGCAUAACUAUACUGUUCAGUUUAGUUUGAACUUUGAAGCAGAUUUUUAUUAUAUCCCACAUUAAUUAAUUAAUUAAUUGGAAAGAAGCUUUCUUUGGCACUAAUUAUUAUUUCCCAGAUAUAUUGGGUACCUUGUUGAGCCCAAAAAAGAAGAGAAAAAAGUUGUGAUGGGGAUUUGGGUUGAUUCAGAAGAUGAUGGUAAAAAUGGAGGACUCUGUGCAUGGAGGUUCCUAACUAGGAGGAAGAAGGUGGAUUCUGUCAUUAUGAACAAUUCUCAAGGCCAACUUGCCAAGGAGUUAACUGUUCCUCAUCUCAUGGCAAUUGGUGUCGGUGCAACAAUUGGUGCUGGUGUUUAUGUUCUGGUUGGAACGGUGGCAAGGGAACAUUCUGGACCGGCUUUGCCAAUUUCGUUUCUUGUGGCUGGAUUUGCAGCUGCACUUUCUGCUCUUUGUUAUGCUGAGUUGGCUAGUCGUUGUCCUUCUGCUGGAAGUGCUUAUCACUAUUCAUACAUAUGUGUUGGGGAAGGUGUUGCUUGGUUGAUUGGCUGGGCAUUGAUACUGGAAUAUACAAUAGGUGGAGCUGCUGUUGCUCGUGGCAUAACCCCCAAUUUGGCUGCACUUAUUGGGGGAGUGGAAAAUUUGCCCAGCUUUUUAUCGUAUCAGCGCAUUCCUGGGAUUAACAUUGUUGUUGACCCAUGUGCAGCAAUUCUGGUUUUUGUUGUUACUGGACUUCUAUGUGCUGGGAUCAAAGAGAGUACAAUGGUACAAGGUGUAGUCACCUCAGUGAACAUAUGUGCUUUGCUUUUUGUCAUGGUAGCUGGUGGUUACUUGGGAUUCAAAUCUGGAUGGGUUGGAUAUGCCCUUCCCACAGGGUAUUUUCCCUUUGGGGUAGAUGGGAUGCUAGCUGGUUCUGCAACAGUGUUUUUUGCAUACAUAGGUUUUGAUGCAGUUGCCAGCACUGCUGAAGAGGUGAAAAAUCCUCAACGAGAUUUGCCAUUGGGUAUUGGUGGCUCAUUGUUUCUAUGUUGUGGAUUGUACAUGAUUAUCUCCAUUGUUAUUGUGGGUUUAGUGCCUUACUAUGCAAUCAACCCUGACACCCCCAUAUCAUCUGCAUUUGCUGACAAUGGGAUGCAAUGGGCAGGAUACGUUGUAAAUGCUGGAGCUUUUACAGCUCUAUGCGCAUCAUUGAUGGGUGGGAUAUUGCCCCAGCCAAGAAUUUUGAUGGCUAUGGCAAGGGAUGGGUUGUUGCCACCAUUUUUUUCUGACAUAAACAAGCACAGCCAGGUUCCUGUUAAGAGCACAAUAGUUACUGGCCUUGUUGCUGCAGCCUUGGCAUUUUCUAUGGAAGUCUCUGAACUGGCUGGGAUGGUUAGUGUGGGUACACUUCUUGCAUUCACCAUGGUGGCAAUAUCUGUGUUAAUACUAAGAUAUAUCCCACCAGAUGAGGUUCCAUUGCCCCCUUCUCUUCAGGAACCAAUUGAUUCAGUUUGGAGCAGUUUGGAGACAAAUGCAAAAGAUAGAGGGGCAAAUGCUAGUACUUCUACGAACCGGAAAUCUUUAGUUGUUGAUGAGGAUGUAUCAAUUGAUUAUCCCCUUAUUGCUAAAGUUCCUGCCAUAAGCAAAUAUGUACAUGAGGGCAAUAGGCGAAAAGUUACUGGAUGGGUAAUAGCAUUCACAUGUAUAGGGGUGUUUAUCCUCACAUUUACAGCAUCAGAUACAACUAUUCUAAGUUCUGUCCGCUUUGCAUUAUGUGGAGUUGGUGGCACACUUCUUCUGUCUGGUUUUGUCUUCCUAACCUGUAUAAAUCAAGAUGAUGCAAGGCACAACUUUGGGCACUCUGGAGGUUUCACUUGCCCAUUUGUGCCUCUUCUGCCCAUAGCUUGCAUUCUCAUCAAUUCCUAUUUACUUAUUACUCUUGGGGCUGCUACUUGGGCGCGUGUUUCUAUAUGGCUGGCAAUAGGAGUUAUUGUUUAUGUGUUUUAUGGCCGAAACCAUAGCACUCUGAAAGAUGCAGUUUAUGUGCCAGCAAUUCAAGUGGAUUAUACCCAUCACGCCUCCACAAGCUGUCUUGCUUGAUCUCCAAAACUUACCAAACACGACAAAAUAUCACCAUAUAUGUGAAGCUUUUGUGCAUAGAAAAUAGUGCCACUUUGUAUACCACCUACGAAAGAUGUAUUUUAUAAGGAAAAUUGCGGAGUUAUAAUAAUGGAUUAAAAGAUUAAAAGUUGAAAUUAUGGUAAAAUAUAUAUACAAAAUAAUUAAAUUAUAAAAAUUAAUUUUCUUAAUUUUUUGACAGAUUAUUAUAACUCCGUAUCUUUUCUUUUAAAGUACACCUUUCAUUUUAGAAUAGUAAGAUCAACAUUAGAAUAUAAUUGUUGUAUAUAGUUUGAAUUAAAGCUCAAUUAUCUUCCUCAUUAUUCUCCUUUGGAUGACAGAAUGGAUGAAUGAAUUACUAGUCCCAUGGAACCUGUUAUAAAAUGUAGAUAUAAUUUAAAAUUUGAUAUUAGUUUUUAAAUUU